AUUUAAAUUUCCAUUAUCACGUGUCGCAUAUAUAUAUGUAUAUACAUGAGAAACGUGACCUUCUCAAAAAUUGUAUAGACAUUUAUGUAUUUAUUUACAUAUAUUCACAUUUUACAUAAUUCACACAUACAUGUAUGAAUUAUCGACAUAAACAUUAUCUCGCGAAUGAUUAUAUAAUUCAUAGGAAGAAGCAUGGUGAUGCAGUAUAUAACAUUGUUAAUACUUGGAGUACUGGUACUCAAACAUGGGACUUGUCUUGAAAUACGUGUUCCACGUAUUGCCAUCAUAGGAGGUGGCAUCGGCGGUGCUUCCACCUCACAUUUUCUCACAGAGUUGUUCAAUGGAAGUUUGGAGAUUGACUUGUACGAAGCAAAAACCAUUGGCGGACGAUUGGCGACAGUAAAAAUUGACAACAUUGAAGUAGAAGCCGGUGGUUCAAUUAUACACCCUAAGAACAUGUAUAUGCAGAAGUUUGUCAAACUCUUGGGUUUAGAGCAUAAUUUUCCCAGUGAACAAAAAUAUGGUAUAUGGAAUGGAGAUGAAUUUGUAUAUAAGGAAAGCUCGUGGUACAUUGCAUCAAUGGCGAAGUUAUUUUACAGAUAUGGUUUUCAACUGUAUAGACUUAAAAGACAUAUAGAUGACAUACUAGAAGAUUUCGGAAAGAUAUAUAAUCUGCAGGAUGAUGGAAAGUCUUUUGUCAAUGUCACUGCAUUGCUAUCAGCUAUGAAUAAGGAUUUCCCAAAGUCAUUGCAAUUAUCUAUAAAGGAUUAUCUUUCACAUAUGGGUUUCACAGAAAGACUGAUCAAUGAAAUAGUGCAAGCAACUAUUGUAACAAAUUAUGGCCAGGAUGUCAAUAUUCAGAGUUUUGUUGGUUUAAUAUCCAUAGCUGGAGCAGGUGUUGAUCUAUGGUCUGUUAAAGGCGGAAAUAAAGGAGUACCGGAACAUCUCAUUUAUAGAAAUAAAUAUGUAAAUGUAAUACCAAGCCGUGUUACAAAAAUUCGUAAUAUACCAGAUAGCGAUUCGAGUCAAUACGAAGUGAUCUACAUGAAUAAAGAUAGUAAAGAUUCAAUAACAUGUACUUACGAUAUUGUAAUUAUUGCUGCACCACUUACACACGAUCAAGAAUUUCCGAUAGAAUUCGUCGAUUUUCCAGAUAACUUAGUGUUUCCAGGAGACUAUCAAACGACAUAUGCGACAUUUAUUAACGGGGAUCUUAAUCCAAAGUAUUUUGGCUUGCAAGAGGCUCUGGAUGCUAUACUAUCUUGUAAUCCCAAAAAAACAAAAAUCAGCUCAAUUGGAGAAGUGAAUCAUGUGGAUGGGCCAAAUGAAAUAAGUUCGCAAAUUUGGAAAAUUUUUAGCAGAGAAUCUGUGGAAACAAAUCUUAUAAACAAUAUAUUUUCUCAUGUCACUGAAAAGAAGGAGAUUGUUUGGAAAGCAUAUCCCCACUACUCAAAUACUACAAAUGUACAUUUCGAUAAAUUCAAGCUACACGAUGCGCUAUAUCAUGUCAAUGCAUUUGAGUGGGCUGCUAGCGCGAUGGAAAUAAGUGCAAUAGCUGGAAGAAACGUCGCUAUCUUGGCACACGAUGAUUUUGUCCAAAAAUACGACUUUAUGUCAAAUAAAGAAGUCUAUAAAGAUUCAACUAAAAAAAGAUCUAUAGAAUUAUAAUAUUAGAUGUAUUAUUGUACAUAGUAUAAUGUGCAAUAUUAUUAUCAUCAAUAAUAUUAUAUCUAUUAUAUUCAUUUUAUAUUACUUUUAACAGCUACUAUAUUCUCUAAUUAUUAUUACAUUAAAAAUAUUUUUAAUGAGAUUAUUUUUAUAUAAUACUGAUGUAGUCACAAAACUAAAAUAAAAAAGAUGAAAAUUGUGCAAAUUA